AUGGUCGCAUCCGACUGCUCCAGAUGGGUCGUUGUCAUCUUCUGUUGUUCAUCACUCACAAAUGGACAUUUGGAGAGAGAUCCCUCGCCUCACAUUCUGCCCUCUGACAAUCCUCUCAUUCUUCUUAAGGAUGGAUUUUUAGACCUUGUAUGCAGAGGUCAUGGCCUGCUGCACUGGACACUUGCUAGUCCCGGUCGAUCGAUCUCAUCAGAGGGGGUUCGGGUGGAGCAGUGUGAUCAUCACUCUCACUCACACUGCAGCAGACUGACCGUCACAAGCUUGAGGGUCAAUGACACAGGAAGGUACAGCUGUAAAUACACCAAAAAUGGUUUGGACCACAUCACCUCCACCUACAUCUAUGUCAAAGAUCCAGAGCAACCAUUUGUGGAGCCCGAUCAUCAGAAACCUCACAUCUUGAGCAGCUACAGGCAUGAGACCACCCUGAUAGUCCCCUGCAGGACGUCCUCUCCUGAUACUGUUGUAACACUCACAGGGCUCAUACCUUUAUCAGAGAAGGUUGUCAAUGAAAUGGUAUGGGAUCCGAAGGUUGGAUUCAAGAUUCCCUACGAUCCCGCCACGGAGUUGAGUAUGCUCUUCUGUAAAGCCAAGGUCAACGGUCAUGAGUUCCAGUCAUCGUACUUCCCCAUGAGACUAUCUACCAUUCUUAAUAAAGUGAAGAUCACCCCAGACCGUGUCAGAGUGUUGGUUGGAGACACCCUCAUGCUCAACUGUACUGGCGAGACCAGCUUUAAUGGAAGAAUCAACUUCACGUGGGAUUUUCCAAAGAAGAGAGAAAAACGACAUUAUACGAGCAAGACUGAAGUCCGCCCUGCUAUGGUUCUUGUGAUGAGCAAGGCUUUAUUCUUGCCAAACAUCACCAUGGAGGAUAAGGGAGUGUACCGCUGCAAAGCUGAGCUUGAUCCCACAAAACAAAAGAAUGUAUCCGCAAAAGUUAUCGUCUUUGAGCAUCCAUUCCUCAAUAUCUCCUACAGACAUGAGCGGCCUAGUACGGUGACUGUCAAAGAAAGUAAAAGGAAGUUUGUGUUUGAGCCCAAGGUCAACGCUCUGCCACCACCAGACACGUUAGCAUGGUAUAAGGAUGGGCUCCCUAUCAACAAGAAUUCCACCUGUUACAAGAUUUCUGGUUUCCAGUUGACCAUCACUGAUGUGCAGCAGAAGCAUGCUGGGGUCUUCACCAUAAGUCUGGGCAACCAAGUGAAGGGCUUGUACAGGAAUCUGAGCUACACACUGAUAGUCGAUGUGAAGCCGACUAUUUCAGAGGCAGAGCAUGCCACUGUGGACGUGCAGCCCUACAUGUUUGGCGAACAGCAUCAGCUAACCUGCACUGCUUACGGGGUGCCCUUGCCAAACAUCAGUUGGCUUUGGCAACCGUGUCGCUCAAGUCCUGCACUUAUAAAUUGCAUUGCUGACACCAAGCCAAUCCUUGUCAGCAUUGACGACAAGGGAAAUUACUCCCACAACUGGAUUAAGAGCAUAAACGUCAAGCCUCAACUAGUUAAAGGAAAAAACAAGACUGCGAGCACCCUGGUGAUCGGAAAGGCUAGCAUUUCUGGAAAGUACUCCUGCGUGGCCAAGAAUGAAGAUGGCAACAGCACAAUGACGAUCCCCUUCUACGUUCAUGAUCACCCUGAGGAAAUUACCAUCGAACCUCGGGCAGCCAUCGAGGGGGAUGACGUCACUCUGACCUGUCGGGCAGCUCGCUACCUCUACACAGACCUACAUUGGUUGGAUUCCAGAAAUCAAACACUCACUUCCAACGUGUCCAGUAUCCAGUUCAACCACUACUUCAUUUCUCUUUCUCUACGUCUGCAUAAUGUGUCCCAAAUCAGCACUACAGGUUUCAAGUGCCAAGCACACAGGCUCCACAAGAGAGUUGAACUCAAGGCCGCUGCACUUAUUGUGGAUGUGAGAAAACGCCCCUGGCUCAGUCAAAAUCUGACUAAUCAAGACGUGAACAGUAGCAGCACCCUGAUGCUGGCUUGCUUUGCUCUGGGAGUUCCUCGUCCUUACAUCAUGUGGUACAAAAAUGACGUUCCGGUAGACGAAGGCCCAGGUAUCACUCUGGGAGAGGACGGGGUUCUGACCAUCGAGAGGGUGAAGAAAGACGACGAGGGUCUCUACGAGUGUGUAGCCCGCAAUGUUGAGGGUUUCGCGAAAACAAGUGCUGUUGUCACUGUGGUCGGGGAUGAAGGGAAGCCAAACGUUGAGGUAAUCAUUCUGGUGUGUACGGGAGCUGCAGCCACGUUCCUCUGGCUCAUGCUUAUCCUCUUCAUCCGCAAGCUAAGGAAGCAACCACAGUAUAAGAUGGGUCCGUCGAUCAUCAUUGACCCUGACGAGUGUCCCCUCGAGGAGCAGAAUGAUUUUCUUCAGUAUGACAGCAGCAAAUGGGAGUUUCCCCGUGACCGCCUGCGACUAGGCAAAACUCUUGGCCACGGAGCAUUUGGAAAAGUGGUGGAGGCUUCUGCCUUUGGGAUCGACAAGCUCUCAACCUGCAAGACUGUUGCUGUCAAAAUGUUGAAAGGAGGCGCUACGUCAAAUGAGCGGAAAGCUCUGAUGUCCGAGUUAAAGAUCCUGAUCCACAUCGGCCAUCACCUGAACGUGGUCAACCUGCUGGGAGCCUGCACCAAACCUGGAGGCCCAUUGAUGAUGAUAGUGGAGUUCUGCAAAUAUGGCAACUUGUCCAACUAUUUGAGAAGCAAGAGAGAUGACUUUCUCGUGUACAAGAGGCAAGACGGUAAGGUGGUGUCAUCAGGAUCGGGCUGCGAGCUGAGUGAGAUGAUGAAGCGCCGCCUGGAGAGCGUAGCCAGCACCGGAAGCUCGGCCAGCUCUGGCUUCAUCGAAGAUAAGAGCUACUGCGACUCAGAGGAAGAGGAAGAAGAAUCUGAGGAUUUAUAUAAGAGAGUCCUGACGUUGGAAGAUUUAAUUUGCUACAGUUUCCAAGUUGCAAAAGGCAUGGAGUUCUUGGCUUCACGCAAGUGCAUCCAUCGUGAUUUGGCUGCACGAAACAUCCUGCUGUCUGAGAAUAAUGUUGUGAAAAUUUGUGAUUUCGGACUUGCGAGAGACAUCUACAAAGACCCGGAUUAUGUGCGGAAAGGAGAUGCCAGGCUGCCACUCAAGUGGAUGGCUCCCGAGGCCAUUUUUGACAAGAUCUACACGACUCAGAGCGACGUUUGGUCCUUUGGUGUUCUCAUGUGGGAGAUCUUCUCUCUGGGCGCCUCCCCGUACCCUGGUGUCCAAAUUGACGAAGAAUUUUGCUGCAGGCUGAAAGAGGGGACCAGGAUGAGAGCGCCUGAAUACUCUUCUUCUGAAAUAUAUCAGACCAUGUUGGACUGCUGGCAGGGGGAGCCACUGGAGAGACCGACCUUCACUGAGCUGGUGGAACAGCUGGGAGAUCUGCUUCAGGCCAGCGUGCAACAGGAGGGGAAGCACUACAUACCUAUCAACACAGCCCUGCUGGGGAAGAUGGGAGAUCCGUCCGCCACAGUGCCGUCAGAGAAGACGUCCACACGACCCAUCUCCCACCGCGACUCAGGGAGCACCUGGAACAUCAAGAUCCGUCCUGCUAGUGUGAAAACCUUCGAUGAGGUUACCAUGGAGGACGGGACAAAUGAAAACCACGAGGGCGGUCAGUCAGACAGCGGGAUGGGCCUGUCGUCUGACAACAUGGAGACUCUGAAGCGCCUCGAAUCAUUGGCAGGUCGACCUCUCAGCAUCAUGGCUCUGGCGAUGAAAGCAGUGAGUAAGAGUAAAGAGUCGGUGCUGACUGACACAGAGAAGGAGAAGUUCCCGAACACAGUCCCGUCUCUGGACUUCAGUUUGGACGACUCGGCCCUGGACGUCGGUCUGGAGUGUCACAGCCCGCCGCCUGACUACAACUACGUGGUGCGCUACUCCACCCCGCCUGUGUAACCUCCUGCUCCGGCCCUGGAGAAUCUGACUGGCAGCCUCGAGGCCUUCGCUUUGUUCUCCUCUGUUUUGACUCUUAUCUCUGGACUGUAGCAAAGUUUGAGAGGAAAACACACGAGAUUCCCUCUUAAAGUGUUUUGAAAGGUCGCUCUGAAAUUAAACAUCAACCUACUCGACUGUAACUUCCAACUUCUAGGGCGCCUGCUGAGCAACAAAAGGAAACCUGUAGACUGUUGGUUCCAUUCCAGUUUUCAGACACAGGCUGACGUUAAUGCUGCUGGUCCGUUCCACAUUCACUGUGAUAUGUCAAACAGCUGGAAACAGCCUCAGGUAUUUCUUUCAUCUACUGUGAAACCGAACUACAAUGAUUCCCACUUUACCGCCGAUCUGAUUAAACUACAACCUUUGAUGAUUAGGAAUAACAUCCAGAAAAGAAAACGAGAGAGGAUAGCUGAGGCUUUUCAAUUUUAUAUUAAGACUUUUUUAUAUAUCUGUUUUAAUUGUAUUCAAAAAGUGAUAACUGGAUUUGUUUUAUGUGAAAAAAGUUAAAGAGAAAAUAUUUUUGUAAUGUGGCUACAUCCGCUGAUAUGAAGGUUGGCUCAUGGUCAGAUUUGCUAAAAGCAAAAAUCAGUUAGACAACAAUGUAACAUUGAUUUUUAAUUAUGAAGAAGUCUCAUAUUUGAAGUGUCAUUGAACCUUUAAUUCCACUACAAAAUCAGCUCAACUAACUCAGGUUGACCCAGUGGGACUCUGUCAUGUUUUUAAGCUCUUGUUAUGGAAACUCACAAGUUAGUGGAGGUUAAGGGAGGAAACAGGGUAGAGCUGAGAGUGAGACCAGACGGCUUCAGAUUUAACAUUACAGCUCGACCAUGAACGCAUUUAAAUGAGGAGUUACUGUAAAUGCAGAUUCCUCAUCCUGCCGCCAAAGCUGUGUUAUUUUUGUUCGGUCAAACUAAAAAGAAACGGAAAAGAUUUGUUUAUUUUCUUGUGUACAUAUUGAGUUAGAAACACGGAAUUAGACUUCAUAAGAACAGUUUAUUCAAAAAGAGCUAGUAAAAUGUAUUUAUUUAGAUUGUGAACACUGUCAUAUGGUAAUCCAGUUCUGUUUGUUCAUUUAGAUUCAUAAUUCAAAAGUUAACCAAAGGAUUUUCCAGCUCAGUCUUCCUCAUAUUAACAUCCCAACACUUCACUCCAGAUGUAUAUUCUGUUUGUGCUGCUGUAUUCACUUAUAGUAAAGCUGAGGGAAACGUGUGUGGAUUUUAUCCGUCCAUUGUCUUUGUGCUAUGUGUUAGUAAAGCUUGCAGGGCAGGCUACACAAACUCUACAUGUGUGUGAAGUGAGCACCAGUCUGCUCGGGUUCACUGUCAUAUUAUUUGUUAUCAUGUAAAAUCGAGCAUUUAGUUUGUAAUACCCGAUGUAUGGAACGUACUGUGGACCAAACUUAGCGUACACACCCUGUAGAACUAGCUUGUGCUUGUUGACCACUAAAGAGAAAUGUAUUUGUCAGUGAGUAAACUGCAGUAUAAAGUGGAUAUUUUGAAGCCCUGUGUAUUUCCAAAUUAUAUAUUGUUUGUGACCAAUUUGUAUUGUUUGUGGAGAGGAAGUGAUUAUGCACUGAUACUUUAUAUCAAGUAUAAUUUUUGUAUUCUAAAGAUAUAUUAUUAUGAGACAGUGUUGAGGGUCAUAUGUUACAAAGAUUUCUGAUGUAUUUUGUUUUUAUUUAACUCUUAACUCUAGUAGGAAAUUAACGUUUGGAGUAUUUGUUAUAUUAUGUUCACUUCUGUCCUAAAAUUUCUAGUUUGAUUCUAUUAUUUUAGUUUCUGCUUUCACAAUAACAUUCAAUGGAUUUUAUUGCAUUUCUUCACACAGAACAAUGAGUAAUAAGACCUCCUAGCUUUUUCUGUUUUUGUUCAUGUAGUCUAACAAGUUAGUUUUUUAUAAAAGUAAUGUUUCCCAACACUGUUAACUGAGCAUAUGAAUAAAUGAAUAAAGAUCUAUAUAUUUAUACAUUG